UGGGUGAUGGUGAAGAUGGCGGAUGGGGAUAGUGGGAGUGAGCGCGGUGGAAGCAGCGGUGGCGGAGGGGGUGGAGGCAGCGGAUUCCAGCAUUUCCAAAGGGAUCAGGAGACCCAGGAGCUGGCUUCAAAACGCCUCGACAUCCAGAACAAGCGAUUCUACUUGGAUGUAAAGCAGAAUUCGAAAGGCCGGUUCAUCAAGAUCGCCGAGGUCGGCGCAGGGGGCUCUAAAAGUCGACUGACACUUUCUAUGUCAGUCGCGGCGGAGUUUCGUGAUUACCUGGGAGAUUUUAUUGAACACUACGCCCAACUUGGGCCCAGCACCCCUGAGCAAAUAGCACAAUCAUCCGGCGGCGACGAUGGCGGUCCAAGGCGGGCCUUGAAGAGCGAGUUCCUGGUCAGAGAGAACAGAAAAUACUACCUCGAUCUGAAGGAGAAUCAGCGGGGGAGGUUCCUCAGGAUUCGUCAGACCGUCAACCGUGGGCCCGGUUUCGGGGUUGGAGGAGGUGGCGUACCCGGGGGAGGCAUGCAAUCCGGACAAACUAUUGCCCUUCCAGCUCAGGGUCUUAUAGAGUUCCGCGACGCCUUGGCCAAGUUGAUAGAUGAUUACGGGGGCGAUGAUGAAGAGUUAAUCGGCGGUGGUAGCGCCGGGGGCUACGGGGAACUUCCCGAGGGCACUUCAAUAAUGGUGGACUCUAAACGAUUCUUUUUUGACGUCGGAUCUAACAAAUAUGGUGUGUUCUUGAGAGUGAGCGAGGUGAAACCGAGUUACAGAAACUCAAUUACUAUCCCUUUCAAAGCAUGGAGCAAGUUCGGAGGAGCUUUCUGUCGCUACGCUGAGGAAAUGAAAGAAAUCCAGGAGCGACAGAGAGAUAAAGUGUAUGAGAGGAGAGGAGAAGAGUCAGAGGGUGACGACGUAGACGACGAUUGAUCGAGUCAGCUGUGAUGUGGCUGUCAACUUGGAGAAGCAACUUGUCAAAAAGAGGAACGAAUAACAUGCAUGACGAAUCGAACAUUACCGAUAUAAAAAAAAACGUGGUGAAUAAAGUUAUUUGACUGAGAAACACUGUCGUAUAUAAGAUAAUAUUGUUUAAGCCGUUUAGAUGAUUUGGAUAGCUAAAUGGCAGUUUUAGCUGGCUACAGUAGUUAUUUGAAAGUUACCUUUUGGUGCAAACUGUUUUUAAAUGUUAUGGAAAAGAAAAAAAAAACCCUUCACCCAUUAAUCCCAAGUUCCACACGGCAUAUGUUUGAACUCACCUGGGCGUACCGUGUUAGUUAAAAAAAAAAAAAAA